AUGACCGAUUUCAUCACCAAAUUUGACAAAUUGUCUCUUGAUCAAAUUCCAUCGAAAGUUGAAACUAUUGAAUUCCCAAAACUAAAUGAUGAACAAUUAGCCUUAUCGUCUCAAUUUGAGACAUUAUCAAAGAGACUAGAUGAAAGUGACACCUUGACUCAAAUCAAUGAUUCAUUGAGAAGCAAGACAUUUGUAGUUGGUUCAGUUCCAAGUAAGGCUGAUUUUAUUUUGUUUGAACAAGUGUAUCCCUUGGCAUCGAAAUGGACUUCCAAAGAGGACGUUGCCAAACAUAGACACUUGUUGAGGUGGGUUGAUUUGAUUCAAAACACUUUGGUCAGUGUGCCACAACCAGUCAAGAUUGACUAUGAUAUUGAAAUACCAAGAGAAAUUAAGGAAAAGAAAAAACCAGCAACAGCUGGAGCCGCUGGAGCCCAAGGGAAGGAUGCUUCCUCUUCUAAGGAAGACUCCAAGGCAGAUAAGAAGAAACAAAAAGGAGAUGCAGCUGGUACUCAAUCAGACCAAAAACCAUACCAAGAGUUAACUGAAGAAGAAAAGAAAGCAAGAGCUGACGCCAAAGAAGCCAAGAAGGCAGCUAAAGCCAAGGCCAAUGCCGAAAAAGAGAAGCAGAAACAGAAUGAAAAAGCUGCAUCUGCCGUUCCUCCAUCACCAGCAUUGGUUGACCUUAGGGUCGGGUUCAUUCAAAAAGCUGAAAGACACCCUAACGCGGAUUCGCUUUACAUGUCCACCAUUGAUAUGGGUGAUGAAGAAGGUCCAAGAAUUGUAUGUUCAGGAUUAGUCAACUAUGUUCCAAUCGAAGAAAUGCAAAAGAGAUAUGUCAUUGUUGUUGCUAAUUUGAAACCAGUCACCAUGAGAGGUAUCAAGAGUUGUGCUAUGGUGUUAUGUGCGUCAAAUAAAGGUGAUGGUGUUGUUGAAUUUGUUAACCCACCAGAAGGUUCAAAACCAGGUGACAAGAUCUUUUUCGAGGGUUAUAAUGGCGUGCCUGAAAAACAAUUGAAUCCAAAAAAGAAAAUUUGGGAAGCUGUUCAACCAAAGUUCACCACUACUGAAAACUUUGAAGUUACUUAUACCGAAGAUGGUAAACCACCAGCAUUUUUGGUCAAUGAAAAGGGAGAAAAAUGUAAAAAUAGCACUGUUGUUGGUGCAUCAGUUAGUUAG